AUGAAUUUAGUUCGCUUCCUUGUCCUCUCAGUGAGUGUUAUAAGUCCAAGUCUUGGCCUAGAGAACUUCACAGUUAUUCAAUUCCUGCGAGAUAUAAGAUAUCAGCAGCACUUUGGUUAUCUGAUGCUCUUGAAGAAUAUGAAUGCAACCAUAUCGACUAACUUCACAAGGAUGGAGGACAAUAGCCAUUUUGUAAAAGACAUAAUGGAUCAGAUAGGAGUGCCUCUCAUACAGCUUAAUGAACGGGUCAGCUUUUACUUGAAAAAUAAUCAUCGUACCGACCUCUUGACAAUGGUUUACUUGUCAAGCAUGAACUUGAUGGAUCAUGAUGGACUGUUGAAAGCCCUGGUUGGAGACCUACGUCACAUGACCAGCUCACGCGUUCUGUUCCUAGUGGAACUGGAGAAGGAGGAUUAUAUGUUUCUCUUUAAGUUAUUUGAGUUGUGCUGGAGACAACAACUAUUGAAUGUGGUGGCAAUGUUUGCGGAUCAUCAGGCUACAGGAACAUUUUACAGCUACACCCACUUCCCAGCCUUUAGGUUGGAGCAGCGGUUGUAUAAUCCGAAUGAGACGAUAUUUCCAGAUCGCCUUCGCAAUAUGCACGGCUACAGACUACCUGUCAUAAUUGGUGGCACAGUUCCGCGUAUUAUUGCCUAUUACAACAAGAAGGGACGCAUCGUUUUCAAGGGAACUGUCGGGCACUUCAUGAACGCUUUCCAGCAGAAAUAUAAUUGCACGUUUGUGGAGCCAUUGCCCGUUAAGCCCGGCGCUCCAUCUACCGAUCUUACAAAGGCGGUGCUCAAUGGCACGGUAGAUAUAUCAAUGGGCAUCACAUACCCCACCAUACCCUUCUACGGCUUCACUUAUCCAUAUGAAAUUUUAAACUGGUGUCUGAUGCUGCCCGUGGAGCCCAAUAUUCCCGCGGCCCAAUAUUACAUCAAUGUUUUCGAGUUGGAUGCAUUUUUGCUGACGGUGGGAACUAUGGUUGUGAUAUCCACGGUGUUAUCGGCUACUUUACUAUUCUUCGGAUAUGGAGUUCACAUCUACGAGUUUUUUCUACACGACAGCUGUCUGCGUGGAGCCUUGGGGCAGUCCUUCUCCGAGGUCUUCCACCCACCGACCCUGGUGCGUGGCAUUUACAUUCAGAUUUGUGUGCUGGGAAUUUUACUCACCGUUUGGUUCAACUCGUACUUCUCGGCUUAUGUUACCAGCAUGCCGAAGACGGCGCCAUAUCGCACCUUUGACGAUGUCCUCGAAUCGAAUUUGAAAGUGGUGGCUUGGAAACCGGAGUACGAUGAGUUACUCGGUCGAUUGGUCGAGUUCCGAAAGUACAAGCCCAUGUUUAAGGUGGAGUCCAAUUUUAGUCGCUAUAUAAGUGAUCGGGACUCAUUCAAUACAAAGUACGGCUACAUGAUGACCUCGUCCAAAUGGAUCGUAGUUACGGAACAACAAAAGAUAUUCACCAGCGUGCUGUUUCGCAUGCGUGAUGACUUUUGUUUCUUUAACACGGUCCCACUAGGGUUUCCCGUGCACGAGAACUCCAUUUACAUGGAGCCCAUAAACACGGUGAUAUUGGAAAUGUCAGCACACGGCUUGCACACCUACGCAUUGAGAAUGGGAUUUACGGAGCAAAUUGAGGCCGGUCAGUUAAGCCUGAAGGAUUUGAGCCCAAGGCGUGAGUAUCGAGCCAUGCAGGUGGAAGACCUGGUGUAUAUUUGGUACGGGUUUGCAUUCAUGGUGUUGCUGUCUGGCUUAGUAUUAUUGCUGGAAAUACUGUGGCAACGGCUUGGCGGCAAGAAUAAAUAG